GUUGCCUGGGCAGGGGGGCGGCGGAGAACGCGCGCGCGCGCGCGCGUCCGAGAAAGAGGGGAGGAGGAUGACGCCUCCUUCCGCGCGUGGCAAUGCACUCGAGGAGGGUCUCUCGUGCUCCCGAGUCGCUCCGCGAGAGCCCCCCGUGCGCGAGUCGCUGGGGAUAGAGGGGUGCGAGCUGCUGCGCUGCGGGGCCGAUGCGUGACUUCCGGCCGGACCGUCGUCGGGGCGUCGGUGGAGAGAGCGGGAGUCGCGCGACUGCAGCCGGAGCGCGACAUGCCUGUGAGCCGUGGCUGUGAAAGUUUGCCAGGAGUUCUCGUGGAAGGCAGCUCGCGUGCCUCGUGCAGCAAUUCGUGAGGAAUUAAAACGCGUGGGAAGGAGGAAAAAGGGGGGAUAAAAGGAAAGGGAAAAAAAACCCACGGGUGUUCAUCGGAACCCCUGCGCUCCGGUCCACGAUGAAACGGCGCCAGAAGCGCGUGCUGCAGAUGGCCUUCCUCUUCACCGUGGCCCUCGUGUUCCUUCCCAACGUGGGUCUGUGGUCCCUCUACAAGGAGAGACACCUGAUGAAGACGCAGGACGCGGCCCAGGGCUAUCCUUUGGGCCUAAGCGACGGACCCCUGUACACCUGGACCGACGGCCUGCGGAGGCGGGACUGGCACGACAACGAGAGCAUCCGCAGGGACGAGCUGCGCAUCGGCAAGGGCGAGCGGGGCAAGCCGUACCCGCUGGCCGAAGACGAGUGCGACGACUCCGUGUACAAGGAGAACGGCUUCAACAUCUACGUGAGCAACAACAUCGCCUUGGACCGCUCGCUGCCGGACAUCCGCCACCCCCUCUGCAGGCACAAGCUCUACCUGGAGAAGCUGCCCAACACCAGCAUCAUCAUUCCCUUCCACAACGAGGGCUGGUCCUCCCUGCUGAGGACCAUACACAGCAUCGCCAACCGCACCCCCGACCGCCUCGUUGCCGAGAUCAUCCUGGUGGACGACUUCAGCGACCGAGAACAUCUGAAGGCCCCACUGGAGCGCUACUUGAAAGCUUUUCCAAAGGUGAGGAUCGUCAGGACGAGGAAGCGGGAGGGCCUCAUCCGCACACGCCUCCUGGGAGCACGCAUGGCCCGAGGGGAGGUGCUCACCUUCCUGGACUCGCACUGUGAGGCCAACGUCAACUGGCUGCCCCCUCUGCUCGACCAGAUUGCCCAGAACCCCAGGACCAUCGUGUGCCCCAUGAUCGACGUCAUCGACCACAACCACUUUGGCUACGAGGCCCAGGCGGGCGACGCCAUGCGCGGGGCCUUCGACUGGGAGAUGUACUACAAGCGCAUCCCCAUCCCACCGGAGCUGCAGGGCCCAGACCCCAGUGAGCCCUACCCGUCACCGGUGAUGGCGGGAGGCCUCUUUGCUGUCAACCGGGAGUGGUUCUGGGAGCUGGGCGGCUACGACACAGGGCUGGAGAUCUGGGGAGGAGAGCAGUACGAGAUCUCCUUCAAGGUGUGGAUGUGCGGAGGCAGCAUGUACGACGUGCCGUGUUCCCGCGUGGGCCACAUCUACAGGAAGUACGUCCCCUACAAGGUGCCCUCCGGGACGAGCCUGGCCAGAAACCUGAAGCGGGUUGCGGAGACCUGGAUGGACGAGUUCGCCGAGUUCAUCUACCAGCGGCGACCCGAGUACCGGCACCUCUCCACGGGGGACCUGAGCGCUCAGAAGGCCCUGCGCAAGCGCCUCAAGUGCAAGGACUUCAAGUGGUACAUGAGCACCGUGGCCUGGGACCUGCCCAAGUACUACCCCCCCGUGGAGCCCCCUCCCGCAGCGUGGGGAGAGAUCAGGAACGGUGCGUCGGGCCUCUGUGUCGACAGCAAACACGGCGCCACGGGGACCGAGCUGCGGCUGGACACCUGUCUGAAGGAGGGCGCCGAGAGAACGUGGGCACACGAGCAGAUCUUCACGUUCGGCUGGAGAGAGGACAUCCGCCCGGGAGAUCCGCUGCACACCAGGAAGUUCUGCUUCGACGCCAUCUCCCAGAGCAGCGCCGUGACGCUCUUUGACUGCCACGGCAUGAAGGGCAACCAGUACUGGAGCUACAGGAGGGAUCAGUCCCUGUACCACCUGGUGAGCGGCAGCUGCAUGGACUGCAGUCCCCGCGAUAAGAGGAUUUUCACGAGCAGGUGUGACCCUGAGUCGGAGACGCAGCGCUGGCUCUUCCAGCACGUCAACGCCACCGUCCUGGACAAGUUCAACAGCUCCUAGGGUUGGCCCAUGCUGCAGAGCACCGGCGGAGCCCUGGGCCCUGGGCCCUUUCCUCGGACUCCCAGCAACGCGGAGGGAACCGAGCCGGAGAGGCUCGAGCGAAGGCCGGCAAACGGGGCGAUGCACGCCGCACGACUGGAUCGACAUGCCUUGCUGGUCAAGGGGAACCGAGCAGCAACUCGAGCGCUUUCUUCUGGGUUGCCGGCGGGUCAGAGUGCGGGAUCCGACCCUUCGACUGUCCUCUGGAGAGGACGUGAGCUGCCACGGGUGAAGGAAUACAGCAGGAGCGUAGCUAACUUAGAGCCCUUGUGAUUUAUUCUACUCUUCAGCGACUUGCCUCUGAGCCCCCCA